CGGCGGCAGGUUCCCGGAAGUGGCAGCGAGGUUAGCGCGGCUUGGGCUUCCGAGGGCGGCGAGGCGGCCAGUCGGCUGGGUUUGAUCGGAGCGAUGAGCUCCUUCGAGGGGCAGAUGGCCGAGUAUCCAACCAUCUCCAUAGACCGCUUCGACAGGGAGAACCUGAGGGCCCGCGCCUACUUCCUGUCCCACUGCCACAAGGAUCACAUGAAAGGAUUACGAGCCCCUACCUUGAAAAGAAGAUUGGAGUGCAGUUUGAAGGUUUACUUAUACUGCUCACCUGUGACUAAAGAGCUGUUGUUAACUAACCCGAAGUACAGAUUUUGGGAGAAACGAAUUAUAUCGAUUGAAAUUGAAACUCCUACCCAGAUAUCUUUAGUCGAUGAAGCAUCAGGCGAGAAGGAAGAGAUUGUCGUGACUCUCUUACCAGCUGGUCAUUGCCCAGGAUCAGUCAUGUUUUUAUUUCAGGGCAACAAUGGAACUGUCUUGUACACGGGAGACUUCAGGUUGGCAAAGGGAGAGGCUGCCAGGUUGGAGCUUCUGCACUCUGGGGGCAGAGUGAAAGACAUCCAGAGUGUGUACUUAGAUACCACGUUCUGUGACCCAAAAUAUUAUCAAAUUCCUAGUCGGGAGGAGUGUCUGAGUGGAAUCUUGGAGCUGGUCCGUGGCUGGAUCACCCGGAGCCCGUACCAUGUGGUGUGGCUGAACUGCAAAGCUGCCUACGGCUACGAGUACCUGUUCACCAACCUCAGUGAGGAGUUUGGGGCCCAGGUUCACGUGGAUAAACUGGACAUGUUUAGAAACAUGCCUGACAUCCUUCAUCAUCUCACCACAGACCGUGACACUCAGAUCCACGCGUGUCGGCAUCCCAAGGCAGAGGAAUAUUUUCAGUGGAAUAAGUUACCCUGUGGAAUUACUUCCAAAAAUAGAAUUCCACUCCACACAAUCAGCAUUAAGCCAUCCACUAUGUGGUUUGGAGAAAGAACCAGAAAAACUAGUGUCAUUGUGAGAACUGGAGAGAGUUCGUAUAGAGCCUGCUUUUCUUUUCAUUCCUCCUACAGUGAGAUCAAAGAUUUCUUGAGCUACAUCAGUCCUGUCAAUGUGUAUCCAAAUGUCAUUCCAUUAGGCACAACUAUGGAUAAAGUUAAAGAAAUCUUGAAGCCUUUAUGCCGAUCCUCCCAAAAUAUAGAGCCGAAGUAUAAACCCCUUGGAAAGCUGAAGAGAACGAGAACGAUCCACCGAGACACAGAGGAAGAGGACAGUGAUCUCUUUGAUGAUCCUCUGCCAAUACCUUUAAGGCACAAAGUUCCAAACCAGCAAACGUAUCACCCUGAGGCACUUCCAAUGAAUGAAGCGUCACAAAACCAGCCUGAAAAACUGACAGGAAGAACAGGAUGCUGCAAAACAGAGAGAAUGCCAACAUCUCUUUGGGCAGACUUUAUAGACUGUGAGGAAUCCAACAGUGAAAGUGAAGAAUUAGAAACCCCAGCUUCAGCUGAAGGAGACAUGGGUCCCGUUCCCCAUCCCCAGCAGAAGGCUGAUGGGGAAGUACCACAGUGGGAAGUGUUCUUUAAAAGAAAUGAUGAGAUCACAGAUGACUCUUUGGAAAACCUCCCUUCCUCCACAGAGGCAGGGGGCUCUCAGUCCCCGAAGCUUUUCAGUGACUCUGAUGGGGAAUCAACUCACAUCUCUUCCCAGACUUCUUCUCAGUCCACACACAUCUCAGAACAAGGAAGUCAAGGCUGGGACAGCCAAUCAGACACUGUUCUGCUAUGUUCCCAAGAGAGAAACUGUGGGGAUCUUCCUUCCUUGAACAAAGGUGGCUGUAUAACAGGAAUGAAAGAACAUAUCCCUGCCUCUCCAAUGGAACAAAAUGUACUCUGCCCAAAGGAUACGUACUCCGAUUUGGAGAGCAGAGAUCAAGAUGUAAGUAUAGUUCCUAGUACUGGAGAACCAACUGCUCUAAGCAGUGGGAAGCACAUGAAUCAAGAGAAAAAGCCACAAAAUCUUAGCAGCAACGCAGAUUCACAAAGCUCCUCUGAUUUUGAAAUUCCCUCCACUCCAGAAGCUGAGCUACCUAAACGAGAGCAUUUACAGUGUUUAUACGAGAAGCUGGCAACAGGGGAGAGCAUAGCAGUUGAAAAGAGCUCCCUUCAUUCUAGAGCAACCACUAAGAAACCUAUACAAAUAGGUAGCAGUCAAAAUGCUAACAGAUGAAAGUUAAACUACUUAACAAUGUUUAUAUAACCUAAAAGGCGGCAGAGUGAAGGAAAUGGAGGACCAAAAAAUGGAAAACUCAGAAAACAAGAUAUGGGAGAACUAAACCCAAAUGGAUCAAUAAUUACUUUAAAAAAUAGUCUGAACAUACCAAUGAAAAGACGGAAAAAACAGCUCAAGUAUAUGCUGUCUAUAAGAAAAACUCACUUCAAAUACUUUGGGUAGGUUUACCGGUCAAAGGAUAGAAACCUUUACUGUGUUGUAAACAUUACUUCAAAUUUGGAGUGGCUGUGCUACUAAUGGUAAGAGGUCCAGCUCACCAAAAAGACAUAAUCCUAAAUGAGUAUGUACCUAACCACACCUUCAAAAUAUACAAAGCAAAAACAACCAGAAGGAGAAAAACAAACUACUGCACACAGAUAUAGCUGGGGACUUCCACAUUCCUCUCCCAGGAACAGAGUUAGUCUACAGUCAGCAAGGAUAUGGAAGAACUGAACAGCACCAGCAACCAACUGGUCUUAACUGCAACCAAGAAUAUGCCAUCCAAUGGAGAACACAUGCUUUUCAAGUGCACACAGGACGACAGUCACCAAGAUAGACCAUAUCCUGAGCCAUAAAAACACUUCAAAUUUAAAGAAUAAGCUUGGAUCUAUUACUAUGAACUGAUGGCUAUAGGAGCAUCCCUUAUUUAUCUCAGAUAUCCCAUCCCUUAAAAAAGUUACAGUGGUAAAAUUAAAGCUAUAAAAAUUAGGACAAAAUAAAAUGGCAAAAGUAUAACGUG